AUGCAACAUCUGACGCAGAGCCUGUCAAAAUCGGUUCUUUAUCAUCAUUUUGCGGCGGAGGGAGGGAAUAUGCAGUCCAAGAUGGUUCUUGCUUAUACAUACUUUCGUCAGGAUAUGUUUGAGAAAGCAGCGAAGCUUUAUGCUGAACUGGCAGAGGCUGCGCUUGCAAGCUUCUUGAUAUCCAAGGAGCCACCUGUCAUUUCACCCAUCCGGAUUCACUUUGGGACUGAGGAGAACAAGGAAGCCUUGAGGAAAUCUAGGGGAGAAGAUAAUGAAGAUUUUCAAAUGACAGAAUACCAGGCUGUUAAAGGGAAUGCUUUGUACAUGCAUAAGCUUGGGGUUUUUUAUUACUAUGGGCUAAGAGGGGUGAGGAGGGACCACAUGAAGGCGCUGAAUUGGUUUUUAAAGGCAGCUGAGAAGUGGGAGCCUAAAGCGAUGGAGUUCCUAGGGGAGAUUUAUGCGAGAGGGGCAGGAGUCGAGCGAAAUUAUACAAAAGCAUUCCAAUGGCUCAAGCUUGCAGCCGAGAUGAAGCAUUACUCAGCGUAUAAUGGGCUGGGAUAUCUCUAUGUGAAAGGGUAUGGUGUGGAGAAGAAAAAUGUAACCAAGGCGAAAGAAUAUUUUGAGAAGGCUGCUGAAAAUAAGGAUUUUGGAGGAAAUUAUAACUUGGGGGUGUUGUAUCUCAAGGGUAUUGGUGUGAGAAGGGAUGUUUCACUAGCGUGCAAGUAUUUUCUGACUGCAGCUAAUGCAGGUCAGCCAAAGGCUUUAUACCAAGUGGCAAAGAUGUUCCAGAAAGGCAUAGGCCUUAAGAAGAAUCUUCCAACGGUAACAUCUUACCUCAAUCUUCUAGAGGCAUUUGCUGAGAGGGGACCUUGGAGCUCCCUUUCUAGAUGGGCCUUGGAAUCCUAUUUGAAAGGUGAUGUGGGCAAAUCACUCUUUUUGUACUCCAGAAUGGCUGAACUAGGCUGUGAAGUGGCACAGAGCAAUGCUGCGUGGAUUCUUGAUAAAUAUGGAGAGCAGAGUAUGUGCAUGGGAGAAUCUGGCUUUUGUACAGACUCGGAAAGGCAUCUUCGAGCACAUUCUUUGUGGUGGCAAGCAUCUGAGCAGGGUAAUGAGCAUGCUGCUCUGCUUAUUGGGGAUGCAUAUUACUAUGGCCGGGGCACGGAAAGAGACUAUGAACGUGCUGCAGAGGCUUAUAUGCAUGCUCAGUCACAGUCCAAUGCUCAGGCAAUGUUUAACCUUGGUUACAUGCACGAGCACGGUCAAGGGCUUCCACUUGAUCUUCACUUGGCAAAAAGGUAUUAUGAUCAGGCCCUCGAGAAUGAUCCUGCUGCAAGAUUGCCUGUGACUCUUGCACUCAUGAGCUUGUGGCUCAGGAAGAAUUAUGCAGACACCUUUUUGGUUCAUUUCAUUGAUUCACUCCCGCAAAUAUACCCAAGGAUUGAGGAAUGGGUAGAGGAUGUACUCAUGGAUGAAGGAAAUGCAACAAUACUUACCCUAUUUGUAUGCCUUGUCACUGUUCUUUAUCUUCGUGAUCGUCAGAGGCGGCAACAUGCUGCUGCCAAUAUCCCGGAGCAAAUACACUUGGAAUGAUGGAAAUGAGGCAAAGAGAGAAAGCUCGUAAGCUUGUCCCAGCUUUUCUGCAUAUAACAGUGUAAUAAUACAUAUUUAAAGGGAGGACUAGGAGGAAGCUCAGUAGCAGGAGAAUAGCAUCUUGUUUCAUUUCACACCUGCAGUGUUAAUCUCUUGGUGUUAACGAAAAGUGUAAAUUAUAUGAUGUGAACUUCGACGGGCUGAGUGCAAAUCUCACAAGAGAAUGCUAACAGGAUUAGUUACAUUGAGAUUGUGAUAAGGGUUUUUUACAUACCUGCACAUAGUUUAGUAGGGAUAACGAUUUUCUGCAACUGAAGGCCUGUCUGGUUUUCCCCCCUUGUUUUCCUUUCCUUCAGUAUGUAAUCCUUCGGAAAAUAUUAAUCAUCUGAACAUAGUACAUGAAUGGUGAAGCAAAAUAACUCACUGGAGAGCUUGUUGUCCCUUUGGUACGGAGGGCCAUACCUAUGUUCGAGCAAAUUAGCUUGUCUUUUUUCUUCAGUAUGCUCUUAGUUUUUGUU